CUUGGACCGUCUGCUUUGUAGUCACUGCCUAGGGCGUCCAGCUUGCCUCAUCACUAAUUUCUGCUCGCUGUUCUCAACAGCGAGGACGCUAUCAAGUUUCUUUUAUUUCCCUUUGCGGUUGAUGAUUAGCCUUUCAGGCUGUGAUGACGCCGCGCCCACUCAUUUCUUCUUCGAGGCGUCCUUUAUCCGCCAUCUUCCUGGGAUCGUUACCACCCAAGGAGCAGGUCAUUCCUAACUUUUCUGAGCCUCCAGAAAGCCCAAGUGCAGUGUCAAGUUCAUCUGGCCUUCCUUCACCACCCGCAACCAAUUCAACGGGAAGUGGUUCAACAGGUGAUAACAAGAGUACAACCGCGGGCAGUCUACGCCAGCGACCUGCCUCGUAUGCCGGUAGCGUAAACAUGACCCACCGUAAUUAUGACACACCCAGCAUAUCCGAAAAAUCUUCCAGAAAUAUUGACGACGAUGACGAUGACGAAAACGACUAUUCAAAUGAAGAAGACGACACCGCUCGCCUUGACCGCAGUCAUGCAAUAAAGAGUCCAAACGAAAACCUCAUGGCCUUGCAACGAGUUAAAAGCCUUGCUGAGCGCAACCGCAUGUAUGAUGAAACACCGCAAUAUGAUAGCGCACUUUCUGGCUCUGAAACAGAACGCGAGAGUCAGCGCGCUCCAACUCCCUCGUAUUCUAAUUCGCAUUCCAACUCUCGCUCAUAUGGUUCUUCAUCUCCAGAACGGUCGUUAACGCCUCCUCCAAGCACUAGUACAAGAGAACGCCGCAUAUCUGCUCCCGCUUCACCGGUUAGAUCGCGACAGCCUUCUCCUGCCCCCUCGCACACUCCUCGGAAGCGAGUAUCUAUCGCCGGUGCACUAUCUGUGUCUAGAGAUAACGCAUCUUACGAUGUGACGAACGCCGCACUAGCUGCUGUAGCAUCUUCACGACGAAGUCCAACAGGCACAGGAAGCGUUAAUCGACGUUCGCGGCAGCCACUUCCAAGAGAAUUUAGAGACGGUGAUCGAGUCCGUACUUUGGAUGGCAGGACUUCCAUCGAGCCUAUGACACCACAUCACAACUCGCAUCAAGAUAGCUACACUUCUAAUGCCAGCACUUCUCACAGAACCUCGUACGCAAAUGCCAAUCCUCAAUAUUCACCACGUGGCGCUCGUGCUAAUCUUCCAUCAACCGUUCGCGAACUAACGCGCCGUCACCAAACGCGUUGGCUAUCGGACGAUAUUUCAAGCCUUCCGGAUUCUGGCCGCAGACAAACACAGCGCGGCGGCAGUGCCGAAAGCACCCUGGGAGCUGGAGGACGCCUGGCUGGUGAAGGCCUACGUGCUGCUGGCAUAGGUAUGCGGAACGUGACACAGGCCAAUGAUGACGUCUUUGUACACAGCAAUGGCUCGCACGUGUCUUUGCGUCGCGCACGGACAGCUGGCUCCAGCACCCAUCGAACCGUCGAGUGGGAGGACGAAGAUAGAGUGGCGGAUGACAGGAGUCGGGCAAGCGGCUCCAGUGGCACACGACUCAGUGAAGGUGCAGGUCCCUCCGCAAGGUCACAUCUAUCUUCAGAUCCGAGUAGGGCAUCAUCUACACUUUUAGUUGAACGAGAUUCGAGAGGGGGGCGUGUAGCUUCUUCAAGGCCAGCAACCUCGAUGGCAGAGUUCUAUCAUGGGGAGGAUGGAGGUGCCGGAAGGGGAGCGGCAUUUUUACUCCGAUCCAGACGGCAAUACUCGGGCAUUGAGCGACAACCUUCGGGAGCAUCGCCUGGUGUCCGUCCGCUUCCACCCCAACAAGUCCCAGCGGCACCAACACCACCAGACAGAUCACGUAGCGGCACACUCACUCGACGUCACACCACAAUGACACCUCUUGGGAAUGGGUUGGUCUCUAGUCACCAACAGAGCGCGGAGCAUACCCAGCUCAUGCUAGAAUCUCUGAAAAUGUUCGAGAAUAUCUUGUCCCGUCUGCCGAAUCAGUCUGCAUCCGUACCAGAACUGUUCCGCAGCGCAGAAACCAUCGUUCUUGCUUCCGAGAAGUUAAAUGCGUUGUUGAGAACGGGUACAAAUCGAGCGCUGGAACAGCAGAUUGACGCCGAGAUGGAUGAUGAGAGAUCGGGCAAGAUACCCACCGGUGAAAUCUGGAGGAGAGUGGGAGGGGAGUACCGCGAGAGCCUGCGUGUGAGCGACGAAGUCGUCCGAACGAUUACAGGGUUUUUGCUUGGAGUGGGCAAAAUUGUGAAGGAAGCAUCUGCUGGUCCUUUGAAUGAUCCCGAACCACAGCACUCAAGAAGCGGCCCUGGUAAUGACGUUUCUCGCCGAACACCCGAAAUAGAUAGGAGCAGUAAUAGAAGUCGACUGGAUGGAAGGAGGAGUGUGGAGUCAAGACGGAGUUGGGAGCCUUCUGCCUCCACUGCUGACUCGUCCAGAAGGCUCACUGGUCGCGGUGAAGGAACUAUCGCACGUCCACCUUCGUCAAGCGACUUUGAUCCAGAUCAGAAUCAGCCUUCUUCGUCACGCAAUUCCCUUCCUCUCCCUCCGCUGCCGCUGUCUGCCACGCGUAGGCUUUUCACACCGCGAGAACAACGUGAUCGUCAAAUGACGUCAAAUGCACUCGCUUCUCAUAAUAUCUCAUCCGAUAUUGUUGAUCUUUCCCUUGAGUAUGAGCCUUCACCAACACCUGCCGCUCGGGGUGUACCUGCGGGCCGCCAAAAACCACUUCCGUCUCUUGCCAUCCCCCCACCUCUUCCUACCUUACCUUCUGAAUCGCUUAUGGGCAGGUUGACAAGCAAUUCGCUAGACAAAAGCAACAAUCGCAAACCAUCUACUACAUCCGCCGCUACCAUCCGAGGUAUCCCCUUGCCAUCCGCCAAUCCGACAACCGCUGUAACUACCCAUACGGUAUCCAACUCCCCUGAAAACUCAACAUUCCCUCUAUCCCGCGUUGACUCCAAAGACUCCGUUCGUUCAUCUGUAACCUUCUCGCGUCCUUCUGAAGUAUCACUAUCUGCGCUACAACAGCAGCACUCACGAGACGAGGCACGCAGGAAGGCCAUUACGUCCUCUUCUAACACUGAAGAAGACACGAGUGUUCCUCCGGCACCUUCGCCUGCUCAAGUCCGUUCUCCACUUUCAGGCUCAGAGACGGAGCGAGAUACUCGCCGGCGGACGUUUGGUUCACGAGCAGCUCGUAUGUCACUGGACAGCAUUCGUGACGAAAGGGAUGGCAACAAUGGGAGUUCUCAGUCACGCACCGUCGCUAUACCUCCGCAAAGGCGGGAGAGGCGACGGACUGUGACUGAGGUAUUUGCAUAG